AGAUUUAAAAAUGUCGGAGACAAGCAGUUUGAUGUCUCAAUUCCAAAAACUUCGCGUUGAAACUUCCAAGAUAUACAAUGAAUUCACAGAGAUUUCAAAAUGUCGGAGCCAAGCAGUUUGAUGACUGAAUUUCAAAAACUUCGCGUUGAAACUUCCAAGAUACAAAAUGAGUUCAGAGAGAAACCAGGCUACGUGGAAGAUAAACUGCACAAGAACACCCUGGAAAUGUGCCAGAAAAUUUUAAAGAAACAACACGGAUUUCAAAAAACCCAGGAAAAUCAAAACAAAUUCAUUGAACAUUUGAUAUUGGAUUUGGAGUCUGUCAAAAAAGAAACUAGUGAUAUGAAAAAGCAACAAGAGACUCAGAUUUUGAAGAGACAAGACGAAUAUCACGACGAGAUGAAGCAAGAAUUUCAAAAAAUCCAGGCAACUCAAAAUAAAUUGAUCGAAGAUUUGAUGUCGGAAUUGAAGACUGUCAAAAAUGAGACUAAUGAUAUGAAAAGGAAUCUCAGGAGAAAUCGAUGAAUGAUCUUCUUAUCAGGAAUUCGGAUAAAAAUCUGGAAAUGAUGUUGAAAAUUCAGGAAGGUCAAAAUCAAAUGAUGAUGAAGAUUAUGCAAAGAUCAGCUGUGCAUGACGUCCCAAUUGAAACUGGAGAAUUGGCAAAGAAUGUCUCAUUUUUUUAUAUUUUUGUUUACUGGUCCGAUUCGCAUGGCACAUUAGCGUCUGGAAACUAUCGAAAUCUUUGGGUGCGCGGAUCGGACACAAUUCGACAAGUCAAACUGACCAUCAAUUCACUUGCAAACGUAGAUAUCAGCUCGUUCAGAAUGGUGCUUCGUGAUAAAGUUCUCGAAGACGACCACACUCUCGCCUACUACAACAUUCAAGAAGGCUCAACACUCGGUCUUUUCUCCCCUUAAAUUCUAAUUUUUAUCGACUUUUUCUCUAAAAGAAUGUAUAAAGUUCCCAUCUGCCAUUAUGUAAAUAAAUAAUUUUUGACAAC